GACGGGCAGGGCUGUUUCCCGUGCCUGGAAAGGAGCAGGAGGCAGGGGCCGAGGGCGCGGGGCACCGGGGAGCUCCAGCGGGUCUGCCCGCCGAGGGGCCGUCUCUUCUCCCGCUUUCCCCCGAGGACUCUUGGCGGCUCUGGCUGGGACGGGCGGAAGCUCCCGAGCCAGGUCUCCUCCACGCUUGGCUUGUGGAGAUGUUGAAGGAAAGUUUGAUGUUUUAUUCAAUAGAGUUCGAGCAAUUCAGAAGAAAAGUGGAAACUUUGAUCUGCUGUUGUGUGUAGGAAAUUUCUUUGGCUCCACCCCAGAUGCCGAAUGGGAGGAGUAUAAAACUGGCGCCAAAAAAGCUCCUAUUCAGACGUAUGUGCUUGGUGCCAAUAACCAGGAAACACUAAAAUAUUUCCAAGAUGCCGAUGGGUGUGAGUUAGCUGAGAAUAUUACUUAUCUGGGUCGGAAAGGCGUCUUCACUGGAAGCUCGGGGCUGCAGGUCGCGUACCUGAGCGGGACCGAGUCCUUGAGCGAGCCAGUUCCAGGUUACAGUUUCAGUCCCAAGGACGUGUCUUCCCUGAGAACAAUGCUGUGCUCAGCACCCCAGUUUAAGGGUGUCGAUAUCUUGCUCACAUCCCCGUGGCCCAAGUAUGUGGGGAACUUUGGGAAUUCUUCUGGAGAAGUGGAUACCAAAAAAAGUGGUUCUGUGUUGGUCUCCAGUCUCGCCACGAGCUUGAAACCAAGAUACCAUUUUGCUGCUUUAGAAAAGACCUAUUAUGAGAGGCUUCCAUAUCGAAACCACAUUGUUCUACAGGAAAGUGCACAGCAUGCUACCCGCUUCAUAGCCCUGGCAGACGUUGGAAAUCCAGAGAAGAAAAAGUACCUUUAUGCAUUCAGUAUUGUUCCUAUGAAACUAAUGGAUGCAGCGGAACUGGUCAAACAGCCUCCAGAUGUCACUGAAAACCCUUACAGAAAACUUGGGAAGGAAGCCUCCGUAGGAAAGCAAGUUCCUGCCCCUGAGGAAGAAUCAGCCUGUCAAUUUUUCUUUGAUUUAAAUGAGAAGCCAGGAAGGAAGCGAUCUUCCACAGGCCGAGAUAGUAAAUCGUCUCCUCACCCAAAGCAGCCUCGCAAACCUCCACAGCCUCCGGGACCCUGCUGGUUUUGCCUGGCCAGCCCUGAAGUGGAAAAGCAUUUGGUGGUCAACAUUGGCACACACUGCUACCUUGCCUUGGCCAAAGGCGGCUUAUCUGAUGACCACGUCCUCAUCCUGCCCAUCGGACACUACCAGUCGGUGGUGGAGCUUUCAACAGAGGUGGUGGAGGAGGUGGAGAAGUACAAGGCUACGUUGAGACGGUUCUUUAAGAGUCGAGGGAAACGAUGUGUUCUGUUCGAGAGAAAUUAUAAGAGCCAUCACCUCCAGCUCCAGGUCAUUCCUGUGCCACUCAGCUGCUGCGCCACUGGUGACAUUAAAGAUGCCUUCAUCACCCAGGCACAGGAACAGCAGAUAGAGCUGCUGGAGAUCCCGGAGCACUCUGACAUCAAGCAGAUUGCGCAGCCAGGAGCAGCAUAUUUUUAUGUGGAGCUCGACACAGGAGAGAAGCUUUUCCACAGAAUUAAAAAGAAUUUUCCUUUGCAGUUUGGAAGGGAGGUCCUGGCCAGUGAAGCCAUUCUUAAUAUUCCUGACAAGUCUGACUGGAGGCAGUGUCACAUCAGCAAGGAAGAGGAGGAGACCUUGGCUCGCCGCUUCCGGAAAGACUUUGAGCCUUUUGACUUCACUGGAGAUGACUAAGCAAAGGGAAUGACACUGGAUGAACUUCACAGGAAGCAGUAGCAGCCUGUUUUUAAAGAAACGACGGUCUAGCACAGUUUUCCUGCCUCUUUUUUUGGGGUGUGCAUUCCCAUGGAACUUGCCUACAGAAGGAGGCCUAGGAUUGAUUAUUUUUUGGGAAAGUCAUUCUAGGGUAAAAAUCCUAUGUUAGAAGCAUGUCUGUCAUCCAGUUCCUAGAACAACUUGUGUUUAUCAACAUUUUCAAAAUAUCAAAUAAAACACAAUUGCUUUUUCAUGGUU